UACCAGGAUAUGGCUAUUCUCAAAUCUCUCAAGAAAAAGGACUCUAGCUUCAUCAAGGAAUUCAACAUUCCAAAUCCUAACUAUUCUCGUGGAAGUUUUGGCCAAUUUGGUUCAUUAGUGAAGACUAAAUUCAAAGAGUCUUUCAUGAAACCUUCUGACAACUAUUGUGGUCAAGGAUUAAAAGAACAUGCUGAAACUUUUAAAUUGAAUGCCGAGGAAUUGUUGUCUAAUGUUGUUGAAUCUGCUAAAGUUUUAUUACCAUCUUCAUUAAGUUCAAAACCUUUGCCAACACCUAUUCGUGUCGCGGAUUUGGUUAACGCUUCUGUGGUUAUGCAAGCUCAACAAGAUGCCUCUAUUGAAAGAGACUCCUAUCAACCUUAUACUCCUACUUCUUUGGAGGAUGAGGAGUAUAAUCUUUUUAUGCCCAUGAAACCUUCUCCACCGGUUACUUUAAGAUCUUCUUCAACCAAGUCAGAAAAUUUCCUUCCAUUUUCUGAAACUGGAUAUGGUGAUUUGAAACGAGUCUUUCAACAAAUGUUGCCUGAUUCAAUUAGUGAAUUUUCUUCUAUUGAACAACCUGAAGAAUAUACUUUAGACACUAUUGCUGAUAAUAACUCAUCACCAGUUGCAAAAAAUUUAAUUGAUUGGGAUAACUUCGAGGAAUUGAAACCACUCUAUGAUCAAAUGUUACCGGAAUCACAAGGUCAAUCUUCUUCUAAUGCUCAUCCUGAGAAAUUUAAUUCUGAAAAUGUUUCUAAUAAUUUCUCAUCAGUAUCUAAUUGUCAAAUUGAUUGGGAAAACAUCCCGGAGUUGAAACCUCCUUCGAAGUCUGGUAAAAAUUUCUCUGCUCCAACUCAAAUUGAACUUAAAAAUGAUGAAUGUGAUUCUAAAUCUUUAGAGCCUUUUCCAACUUUGGAAUGUCAAAAUCAAAACCAAAUUUCUUUCAAAGAUUUUGAAAAUAACUCUGUUGACGAUGAAAUUUAUGCUAAUUCUGUUAAAAAAGUUAGAAUUAGAAGUGUUUCCACUACUGAAUUUGAUUCAACCAUCUCUUCUAAAGGAGAAAGCUUUGGUAACAAACCUUUACAACAAAUUCAAGAACCAAUCUCAAAUAAUUCUAUCAAGCCAAUAAUUAAAAAUGAGACAACCAUUGGGAAAGAUGAUUCAGUUAUCUUUUCUCCAAAAUUAAGAUCAAAGGUUAUGGGUUCCCAAAAAACUAAAAAAGUUUUAUUUAGUGUUAGUUCUGAUGAGUCUGCCAAGUCAAGUAACUAUACUGAUAACUAUAAUUUUGAAUUACCGGAAGAACGUAUGGUCUUGAAACAAGGUGCUAGUCCCACUGAGGUUAAAGAAUUCAUUACUCAAUUCAAUAGACCGGUUUCUAUUUCUAAAUCUAAAUCAAAUUACAACUUACGGAAAUUUGAUAAUCAAGAUUUAAUAUAUAAUGACAAUAAAAAGUACCAAGCCUCUAAUCAAGAAGCUACCUCUGCUGACUUAGUUACUUCAUCCAAUAUCUACGAUGAUGAAAACAAAAUUCAAGAUUUUCAAUCAGCUGUUUCUUCUUCCGAUAAUGCUGCUUUUCAACAACCUAUCGCUUAUGAUUCAUCAAGUAUUUACAGUGAUGAACCUGGUUAUACCGGUCCAGCUACUACUGACAGAGGUUCUGAUUAUGUGCCCCCAUAUUAUGAUCCAUCUGCUGCUUUUCAACCACCUAUUGAUUGUGAUUCGUCAAGCAUUUACAGUGAUGAACCUGGCUAUUCCGGUCCAGCUACUACUAACAGAGAUCCUGACUACGUGCCACUUCAACCACAUCCUGAUUAUGAUCCAUCUAAACCAUUACUUGAUGAUGAUUCUGACCCAUAUGCUGCUUAUUAUGAUCAAUUUGGCAAUUAUGAUCCAACUGCUGCUCUUCAAUGUGAAUAUGAUUUUGAUCCAUUUGCUCCUGAACAUGAUCCAUCUCUUGCUUUUCAACCACCAACAGAAUAUGGAUCCAAUAGUGAGGGACAUGCUUAUACUGCUCCUGCUUCUAAGAAAAGGGCAAUCUAUGAAUCUUUUGAUGAAGAAUGUGAUUCUCAACAGAAUCCUAAUCUUUCUGAUGAGCAGGUCACCCUUACUUCUCUUUCUUCAUUAAGUUCGAUAAACAUACCUCUCGGAGAUGCCAGUACCCCAAAUCAAACUGUAUUACUUGAGAGUGAAGAAUUAGUUCCUGAAGUUGAACCUAAACUGAAGAAACAUUUAUCAAAGAGAUUCAAGCAAUCUUUUUCCAAAAAAUGGAAAAGAUUGAUAAAGAAAGAUAAUUCAGAAACGGUUAGAGAGCACAAGACUUUGAAAAGGUUGAAACGUUUUUCUCAUUGGAUAAAGACAAACAGUUCUCGAGGUUCAUUGGAUUCUUCAAAAUCGACAUUAGUUGGAAGUGCUUCCGAGGCUGAUGCUGCUGUACCUAGCGUUGCUGAAUAUGAAGCUGUUGAACCUGAUAAUGCUGCUGACUUUAAUGCUGAAUCUUUUGCUGUACCUAGCGUUGCUGAAUAUGAAGCUGUUGAACCUGAUAAUGCUGCUGACUUUAAUGCUGAAUCUUUUGCUGAACCUGAGCUUGCUAAAUCUGAAGCUGCUGAACCUGAUAAUAUUAUUAACAUUGAUAAUGUUCUUGUGUACGCUAGAACUGUUAAUAAAUUCGAAGACCGUCCAGACUCAGGAUGGUCUACGGACUCAGAUGAUUCAUAUAUACCAGCAGUCCAUCGUCAUAAGAUUCUCAACCGUUUGCAAAAGAAAAGGGCACAAUUUAGAAAAGAAGCAACAAAAGAUGUGAUUGUACCUCCGGAUGACCAACCAACUUGGCCAGAUAAAUACGGAAACUGUACUGUUACGGCUGAAGCAAAACACCAUUGGAUUAAAUACUGUGUUGAAGUAGUUCACCAUAAAACCAAUGUCUUAUAUGACUUUAUUGACAGCUUUCCAGAAAGGGUAGUUGAAAUUGAUGCAGAAAUUAAAAAAUCAGACAUAAGACAUACUGAAAUUUAUGCAUUAGCUGAAUAUGAAUCAAAAUUUGACUUCUACAUCUUUGAUAUCUUAGAACGGUUAUUUUCUCUAAAAAAUUUCUUUCUAAGUCUUGCAGAAGGUAAGGAACAUGAAGAGUUGCUUAGGUGUACUGGUAAUGAAUAUGUUGACGUUCACGAGCCUGUUUUCAAAAUAUGCUCAGAGCUAACUCAGGAAAGAGAAUUUGUUGAUUUAUAUACUAAAUAUAAAUCAGAUCGCAGGUUCCCUUUUAAUUUUGAUGCAUAUACUGCCAAUAUGUGGGCAUACGUCAAAACAAGUAUGUCGGACAUCAGACAGCUCAAGGAAAGCGAAGCCGUUUUCUAUAAAAAUUUCAAUGACUGGUAUGAGUUACGCUAUUCUGCUGAUAAAGUUUAAUAGAAACUGAAAUGACUGCAAAAUAUUGAAUUGAGAGUGUUUCUAGUGACUAAGGUGGCUAAGGGACAGGACAAUAAGGACAAAGGACAAAGGACAAAGGAAAGCAAUUGGCUUAGCUCUAGAAAUACAAACUCAAUUUCAAUACUAGCAUGAUUUUUAG